AUGGACUCCAAUACCUUAUACUACUCCUUGGACCUCGUUUCUGGUAGCGGUUUAACUUUGAGCAGUGAGCAAAAAGCUGCCCUGCAGACUUCCCUGGUCAUUCUGAAGAGGAACAACAAAUUCAAUCGUGUCCUGUUUUGGGGCAAGAUUCUGGGCAUAAAGGGUGACUAUUUCAUUGCACAAGGGGUUUCAGAAGAUGAGAUGACGGAUAAAAAUAGCCUUUACAGUUUCAACUGUGUGGACUGGCACUUGCUUCCCCCUGCCACUGAGGCAAUGCUAGCGGAAGUGUCUGCUGCAGCAAAGGGUCGCUUCGUGGGAGACCCCUCACAUGAGUAUGAGCACACCGAGAUACGGCGGCAAGGGGAGGGGGACGAGGCUGUGGAGGAGGAAGUCAUGAUUAAGGUGAAAGAGGAGAAGAGGCUGGCCUCCACUGUCCACACCAUUGAUAAGGAGGUGUCUGUGGUCCCACGCGGUGCCUUCAUCAAGAGUCCCCAUGGCCUGGUGCAGACCAACCGCAGCUUUGAGGGUCUGUCCUCAUUGGAGGCGGGUAAACUCAGCUACUUCCUGCACUUCACUGAGCCGCAGAAACUGAAGAAGAAAUCCAUCCUGGAGAUGGCUGACCUCAACCGCUCCAUCGACUUCCUGGAUCCUUUGAGUGAGGAUAUCCCCAAAGGGUCGUGGAGCUUGCAGUUUGAGCGUGGCAGCACAGUGUGUGUGAUCCGUAGCAUGCUGUGGCUGGGCCUGACCUCGUUCCACGUACCCAUGACCCCCCAGCACGGAUACAUCUACAUGGGCGACGGACUGAAGAACCUGGACCUGCCCUUCAUGCUUUAAAGAGCCAGUGAGAUCCAGAGCUGGAGCCAACACCUACCACUUAUCUAAACUGAGAAUCAUCAUAAACCUCUCAUCUGAGCAAGCAGUGUUCUAUCCCCACCCAAAACAGUUCUAUUUAUGCAAGAGAUGUUUCUUUACUGUUAUUUAAAGUAAAUAAACAAACUAAAAU